CAAUGGAUCACGGCCCUCGUGGCCAUGGGGGCGCAAGAACUGGCACAAGGCACUAUCACCAAUCGGGCAGCUACUACAUCUAACUCACUGAGUAGAAGGAUGUAGCAACAACCGCGCAGCUAGAAAUUGAAGCCUAAGCUUGCAGAGAGUGGCUGGACGUCGCGGUUCUAGGCGGUUGCAGCAGGUAGUGAUUCCAGCCUGAGAGUCGACGAGCAGGGAGCAAGGCGAAGGACCAAUGGGGGAUGAACAGGGGCAAGCAAAGGACGUGGCGACACCCGUGCAGGCUGUGCUGCCGAGGGAAGAGCCGAGCGACGAAGAUGACGACGCCGAUGAUGUGGACUUCAACCCUCUCUUCCUCAGGGAGUCCGAGGAGGAAGAAUCCGAGGAGGAAGAGCCCGAGCAGGAUGACGUCCCCGCUCCCCCCCCUCAGCAAGCACUGCUGGACGAAUUGGGCAUGCCGUCUGCCCCCUCCCCCAGCUUGCUGCCUUUUCCCCAAUCUCCAGGGGGCCACCCCCCUGUGCCGGUACUGGGCCCAUUCAGCCCUGGGCAGAGCGCGUUUCACCCGUUUGGGGCACCCCUCACCUUCAGCCCCAACAAGGCGCACGGUCCGCCCGACGGCACCCUGGACCUGCCUCUGUCAAUGCAGGCGCCGAAGGAGCAGGGGGAGGGGCCGGCAGAGGAGGGGAAGGAGCCACUGGACGGGCCGGCGAAGCGCACGCGGGCGCAGGUGUCCCUGGCUGAGCUGACGUGGGAAGAGCUGGACACGUUCCUGCAGGAUGACGAGGACGAUUUCUUCCCUGGCAUCGAUGAUGAUGAGGAGUACGCGCGCUUCCUGGCGUCCAUCAGUGCGCUGGACGAGCAGCCCAAGGAGCAGGAGCGGGUGGGGGCGGGGGAGGGGGACGAGGAUGAGGACGAGGACGAGGAUGAUCAUGACUUCGUGGCAGAGGAGGAGCCGGACGAGGAGGAGGAAGAUGCACAGCCCCUGGCCGGGAAGCGCAAGCUGGGGCGGCCCCGCGGCAGCCGCCGGAAGAAGCCCCCUGAGGCAGCCUCGCGUGCGGCGGCCCUGCGGCGGCCGCUGGCCAUCAAGCCGGCCAGCCUGGAGGGGCGCUACCAGCAGGUGGUGUGCCACAUGCCCACCCAGGACGGCCGCCUGCGCCCCGUCCUCAUGCUCAAGCCCGUCGGGGCCGCGCCCCCGCCCCCGCCCACCGUGCCCCGCUUCACUGCCAACCAGGUGGGCCAGCUGUACUGCCAGCUCCACGAGCACGUGCAGCUGCUGGUGCAGCUCUUCUGCCUCACCUGCCUGGGCCCGCCCUCCAGCCGCGCGCUGGCCGCUCAGUGCAAGGCCUUCCUGGAAAACCUAGUGGCGACCCGCGAGCGGGUGCUGGCCGCCAAGCAGAUCGCCUUCCCCGCGCGCUGCUUCCAGCCGCCCUGCACGCGCCCGUCCCUGCACCCGCACCUGCUUUUGGACGGCCAGGUCACCGUCGCCCCUUGGGCGCCCACUGUGGACGGCCCCGUGCGCAGCCUGCUAGACGUGAAGCCGCUGCACGCGGUGCCCGACUUUUUGCGCGACAUGGACCUCGUCAUUGCGGAGCUCGACCGCAAGUAUCCCCCUGAGGCGGGGCAGGGACUCCCUCGCGCCCUGCUCAAGCCGUUGUUCCCCCCCAACCCCAACGCCCGGCCGCCCCAGAAGCCCUCGGAAACCAUUCGGUCCAUCCUGACCAACCAGCACAACCCGUGCCCUCUGCCGGGGGCCGCCUGGGACCCGUCCUUGCUGGGGCAGCCUACGGAGGCUGGGCCGCAGGAAGCAGGCCCCGACCGCGAAAGCGCGCCCGGCUUCCAUUCCGUCCUCUUAUCCGAGCCCCAGACAGAAGCCGUGCCCGCUCGCCCGCCGCGAUCUUUGUUCCUGGAAGAGGGGGCUGAUGCAGCGGCUGAACGACCCAGUACGGACACUGCUUUGGUGGACGGGCAGGCUCCGAAAGGCAGCGUGCUGGCGCCCCGUGGCAGGCGGGGCGUGGAGGGCGCCAUUGGCGAGGAGCUGCUGAAGGCCGCGAAGCCGACGCUGGUGGCGAUGGCGCUGGUGGCGCCCAUCGUGUCGGACCUGGUGCAGGACCUCUUCCACCCCGCCUUCAACCCCGCGCUCUUCCCCCGCGAGCCCGCGCCCACCGCGCGCCUGCGCGUCUUCUCGGACGCGGAAGACGAGCUGCUGGCGCUGGGCAUGCAAGAGUUCAACAGCGACUGGGAGCGCAUCCGGCAGCGCUUCCUGCCCACCAAGAGCGUGCACCAGAUCGUGGUGCGCGUGAAGAACCGCUGCAGCAGCAACGCGCCCGACAACGUCGUCAAGCAGAUGCGCCACUCCAAGACCGCCCCCCUGAGCGCGCAGGAGAAGUUCUUCGUGGACGAGGGCAUCUUGCACCAUGGCUACGACUGGCUGCAGCUGGCCGCGUACGUGCCGCGCGCGGACCCCGCCCUGCUGCCCAAGCUGUACCGCCAGGCGUGCGGCCUCAAGCCGAAAACCUGGAAGGCCAGCCAAAUCCGAAAUGAGCGGCGCAAGAAGCAGCGGCAGCGCCUGGCCACGCAGCGCGCCCGCCAGGAGGCUGCGGCUGAGCUGCGCGAGCUGGCCACCGACGGCCCACUGCGCCCCGCCGAGGCCGACCGCGACAGCAGCGGCACCGAGUCGGACACCCCCCCGGAGCGAGGCGAGGCGGUUCCCCGGCCUGCCGUGCGGGGCCUCUUCCUGGCAGAAGCCGUCGCCCAAGCACCGCCUGCGCAACCUGAACCAGCCGUCUUUCAACACCCGCCAGGGGCCCCGGCGGCUCCGCCCCCCGCCGCUCCUACUCGGCCGUUCUGGAUGACCGGUCUGGCCGCUCAGCAGCCCCCCGCGAAAAGGAGCAAGGGAGGUCCUGCUCCGGGCAGGGGCCAAUCUCUGCUCCCCACAAAUGGUGCACACCGCCCGUUGGCACGCCCGCCUCUGCGGCCCCUCGCCACCCAAGCACUGCCCUUUCUGGCGCCCAGGCCCAUGCUUCAAACUCCAGCAGCGGCUGUUGCCCACAAACCGGUCCAUCCCUCCGUCCCUGUUCCCGCUCCCAUGGCCCACCCGCCUGCGGCAGGCGGACCACCCCUCCCCACAGCCCACCACAACCCCUCCGCCCCUGCAUCCAACGGUCCAGCCGCGCGCACAGUCGUCAUCCGGCCUCAGGCCAGGAGGGCCACGCCCGUGGCUGCUGUGCCGCACGAUGGGCCACGGCCUGCAGGGCCGUCGGCCGGACCCCCGGCCAAAGGCGCGGGGACGGCCGUCCAGCGGAGGCCCGUCCCCAAGUCGCCCGUUCCGACACGUACCGCAGCUCGAGGGGGUCCGACGGAUCGGGGGCAGGGGCCCCAGCAGGUGCCCCGGCCUACAGCAGCGAGUACGCCCCUCCCACAGCAGACGGCAUCCGGGGAGGAGCCGCCGCUUUCCAACGCAGGGCCGCGGCCAGAGGCCCCAGCAUCCCUCCCCGCCCCCUCUGCCAGCAGUGGGGGCCGCACAGCCCCCACCGACAGCACUAGACCGCCACCGCCCGUAGGUACAGUAGGGAUACCACAGCAGACACGCCCUGGCUCGGCCCAAGAGACCAGGCACAGUAGCCCGCGUGCACAGAUUGACACUUCCAAGCACGCAGCGGGCUUAGAAAGAGUGGCGAUGCCAGUCGCCGCUCCAGUAGGUCAAGCCCCGCCCCGCGCGACGCCUGCAGCCCCUCUCGCGGGCGCGCCCGCCAGCCCCAAGCCGUGGAAGACGCGGCAGCGGCAGCCCAAGGCGGUGAAAGCGCAGCAGAAGGCGCGGGAGGCGGAGGAGCGGCGGCGCAAGCAGGCGGCCAGAGACGCCGAGAAGCGCAGCGCGCAGGAGGGCCAGAGGGCCGCACAGGAAGCAGCCGCUGCGGAGAGGGGGGCGGCCAACGGCAGCACAGCGGGAGGCGGACAGGGGCCACCCUCGGGGCAGCGGCCACCGGGGGUGACCGUGCACAGGCUGCCGGGGGCAAGGGGAAACGGGGAGCCGCCAGCUGGAGCAGCGCGCGUCACGCAUAUUGCAACUGGGCAUGGCAACCAGGGGAGCCGGCCUGCUACUAUCAUUGGCGCUGGUGGCGGGCAGUUAGGCCAGUCCGUGCCCCCCAUUCACACUUGGGCCGGACCAAGGCCGCCUCCCCUGAUGCCGCUCCCGCCACGGGGUCCGGCGGGGCUGCUGCACCAGGUCCGGCCCCUGGGCAGCCUGCCCCAGCAACCAUUCCCGCCCGUACGUGGGCAGGGGACGGAGGCAGCGCCUGUCCGAGCGCCAGUGCAGCCUGGCCCAGGGGCGAGCGCGCAUCCGCUGGCAGGCACAGAUCCCCUUCGUUGGACUGCCGGGAACGGAAGUCUGGGGGCCGCCUGGAGUAGCGAAGAGGCACGGCAGAGGGGGGCGAUGCUCGCAAUGGAUAGGGACGAGCUGACCGACUCCGACGAAGAGGACACGUGGCAACGCAAUGGCCUGCCCCAUGCGAGCACCGGGGCGCAGGCAGGAGGGAGGCUACCAGUUAAUACGAGCACCCUGCAAGUGCAGGAGGUCGAGGAACACGUGGUAACGGGGAGACGGCAGGAGUAUGGCGGUUCGGAGCAGGACCUGAGAAGCUCGUUCGAAGUAGCCCCGGGCGGACGGGACGCGCCGGGUGCCGGGAUGCCCGCAGUGGAGAUGGAGCGGGACGAGCUCACAGACUCGGACGACGAGGACCAUGUGGCGGAGCGCGGCACGCAGGGCGGCAGUCCGGAGGGAGGCCGCAGGAGCCGCGCAGCGCCGGUGCGCGACGUGGAGAUGGAGCGAGACGAGCUGACCGACUCGGACGAGGACGCGGCGGGGAGCGGGGGCGAGGAGGGGGGGGGCGAGCACGAGGGGCACGCAGCGCAGGACCUCAUUCGGGGGUUUCUGAUGGAGCAGGACGAGCUGACCGAGUCGGACGAAGAACAGGGGGAGGAGGCGCGGGGGGAAGGGGCUGUCGUAGCUACGGCAGGGGUGGAUGGCAGGCCGAGCAAGGCAACAGCUGGGGUAAGCUUGGGGCGGAACGGAAGCUCCCACACUCCUGCGUGUUGGACAUCGUCCCUCAGUCCUGUGCAGCUGGGAAUAGCUGAGGGCAACUCGACAGCGGGAAACGCUAGUGUUCUGCGAAAGGUGGGGGCUCUGUGGGGUGGGGCCCUGGGGGAACGGAGCUUGACCUUCGAAAAGGACGAGCUGGAGGACUCAGACGACGACGACGAGAAGGGAGGAGAGGUCGGGGUAGGGGGAAGACAAGGGAAGGGCAACUGCGGUCCUGGAUCCGGUGCAGAAGCACUGAAGCGUCCAGGAGGGUCGAGCCCUCACUCCGACGGCCUGAGCACGUGA